GAAGGAGAGGUGAUCUUGUCCGGACGCCUCGUCCCGUUCGUCCCUUCCUUCUCUCAGCCUAGUGUCCGAUCCCCUCCACCCCCCGACCCUGGGCACGCCCUACACCUCCUUGGAGUGCGCCGCAGCUUUGGGGGUGGAAUUCGUCUUCCUACUGCCAGGAGACCCGCCCCGUCCCGCCCGGGAGUCCCGCCCACCCUGCUGUCCACUAGGCUAGAGAGAGCUGCCGGCGGGGCCAGCUUGGGAACGCGGUGGCCGUCUUCGGGUCUUGUUAUUGCUCGAGUCUGGCCUGGGUCUGGAAAGGCAGGAGUUUCCUAGUGAAUCCUGCGCCUGGGGAGCUCGUGUGAGGCUUCAGGACAAAAAUGUUUCAUUUACGGACUUGUGCUGCUAAAUUGAGGCCGUUGACGGCCUCACAGACUGUUAAGACACUUUCACAAAACAGGCCAGCAGCAGCUAGGACGUUUCAACAAAUUAGGUGCUAUGGUGCACCUGUGGCUACUGAGCCCUUUUUGAGUGGGACUAGUUCAAAUUAUGUGGAGGAAAUGUACUAUGCUUGGUUGGAAAACCCAAAAAGUGUACAUAAGUCAUGGGACAUAUUCUUUCGAAACGCCAAUGCUGGAGCCCCACCGGGCACUGCCUACCAAAGCCCCCCUCCCCUGAGUGGCUCCCUGUCAUCACUGACCCAAGCCCAGUCUCUAGUUCACUCCCAGCCGAAUGUAGAUAAGCUCGUGGAAGACCAUCUUGCAGUUCAGUCUCUAAUCAGGGCAUAUCAGGUCAGGGGUCACCACAUUGCAAAACUUGAUCCCCUCGGCAUUAGUUGUGUAAAUUUUGAUGAUGCACCAGUAACUGUUUCUUCAAACGUUGAUCUCGCCGUUUUCCAGGAGCGACUCCGAAUGCUAACUGUAGGAGGGUUUUACGGACUGGACGAAUCGGACCUUGACAAGGUCUUCCACUUGCCCACUACUACUUUCAUUGGGGGAAAGGAAUCUGCCCUUCCACUUCGAGAGAUCAUCCGUCGACUAGAGAUGGCUUAUUGCCAGCAUAUUGGAGUGGAAUUCAUGUUUAUCAAUGACCUGGAGCAGUGCCAGUGGAUCAGACAGAAAUUUGAGACUCCAGGCAUCAUGCAGUUCACAAAUGAGGAGAAACGCACUCUACUAGCAAGACUGGUUCGGUCAACUAGGUUUGAAGAAUUCCUGCAACGAAAGUGGUCAUCUGAGAAACGAUUUGGCUUGGAAGGUUGUGAAGUAUUGAUACCAGCUCUGAAGACUAUAAUCGACAAGUCAAGUGAAAAUGGAGUGGAUUAUGUGAUAAUGGGAAUGCCACACAGAGGGCGGCUGAAUGUGCUUGCAAAUGUGAUCAGGAAGGAACUGGAACAGAUUUUCUGUCAAUUCGAUUCAAAAUUGGAGGCGGCUGAUGAGGGUUCUGGAGAUGUGAAGUAUCACUUGGGCAUGUAUCACCGGAGGAUUAACCGAGUAACAGACAGAAACAUCACACUGUCACUGGUGGCCAACCCAUCUCACCUGGAGGCUGCUGACCCAGUGGUUAUGGGAAAAACCAAAGCUGAGCAGUUUUAUUGUGGGGAUACUGAAGGAAAGAAGGUAAUGUCCAUCCUUCUACAUGGAGAUGCUGCAUUUGCUGGGCAGGGUAUUGUGUAUGAGACAUUCCACUUGAGUGACCUUCCUUCCUACACUACGCAUGGCACUGUACAUGUUGUCGUUAACAAUCAGAUUGGCUUUACCACAGACCCCCGCAUGGCCCGUUCUUCUCCAUACCCUACUGAUGUGGCUCGUGUGGUGAAUGCACCAAUUUUCCAUGUGAAUGCUGAUGAUCCUGAAGCAGUUAUGUAUGUAUGCAAUGUGGCUGCAGAAUGGAGGAGCACUUUUCAUAAGGAUGUGGUUGUGGAUUUGGUAUGUUACCGACGUAAUGGUCACAAUGAAAUGGAUGAACCUAUGUUCACUCAGCCCCUCAUGUACAAGCAGAUAAGAAAACAGAAACCUGUGUUGCAGAAAUAUGCCGAGACCUUGGUCUCCCAGGGAGUGGUCAAUCAGCCUGAAUAUGAGGAGGAGAUUUCCAAGUAUGAUAAGAUCUGUGAGGAGGCCUUUGCCAGAUCUAAAGAUGAGAAGAUCCUUCACAUCAAGCACUGGCUUGAUUCACCUUGGCCUGGUUUUUUUACUCUGGAUGGACAGCCCAGGAGUAUGACUUGCCCUUCAACUGGUCUAACUGAAGAGGUUCUGACACACAUAGGAAAUGUAGCCAGCUCUGUUCCUGUGGAGAAUUUCACCAUUCAUGGGGGCCUGAGGCGGAUUCUGAAAACUCGUGGAGAAAUGGUAAAGAAUCGAACAGUAGACUGGGCCCUUGCUGAGUACAUGGCCUUUGGCUCACUCCUGAAAGAAGGGAUCCACAUUCGGCUCAGCGGCCAGGAUGUUGAACGGGGGACCUUCAGCCAUCGUCACCAUGUGCUGCAUGACCAGAAUGUAGACAAGAGGAUCUGCAUUCCCAUGAACCACCUCUGGCCCAACCAGGCUCCAUAUACAGUCUGCAAUAGCUCUCUUUCUGAAUAUGGAGUCUUAGGCUUUGAGCUGGGCUUUGCUAUGGCGAGUCCUAAUGCCCUCGUUCUUUGGGAGGCUCAGUUUGGUGACUUCCACAACACUGCUCAGUGCAUCAUUGACCAGUUCAUCUGCCCGGGACAGGCCAAGUGGGUUCGACAGAAUGGCAUUGUGUUGCUGUUACCCCAUGGCAUGGAAGGAAUGGGUCCAGAGCAUUCAUCAGCCAGACCGGAGAGGUUUUUGCAGAUGUGCAAUGAUGACCCAGAUGUCUUCCCUAAACUGGAUGACUUUGAUGUGCGUCAACUCUAUGACUGCAACUGGAUUGUUGUUAAUUGUUCCACCCCUGCCAACUUCUUCCAUGUCCUAAGACGGCAGAUCCUGCUGCCCUUCCGGAAGCCGUUGAUCGUCUUCACUCCAAAGUCACUGCUGCGUCACCCUGAAGCCAGGUCCAGCUUUGAUGACAUGCUGCCAGGAAGCAACUUCCUGCGUAUUAUCCCAGACAGUGGCCCUGCAUCCCAGAACCCAGAAAACACCAAGAGACUUCUCUUCUGUACUGGCAAGGUGUACUAUGACCUUACCCGAGAGCGACAGGCCCGAAACAUGGAGGCAGAUGUGGCUAUCACCAGGAUUGAGCAACUCUCCCCAUUCCCCUUUGACCUCCUGCAGAAGGAAGUGCUGAAGUACCCUAAUGCAGAGCUGGCCUGGUGCCAGGAAGAGCAUAAAAAUCAGGGUUACUAUGACUACGUGAAGCCAAGACUUCGUACAACCAUAGACCGAGCCAAACCUAUCUGGUAUGCUGGGCGGGAUCCUGCUGCUGCCCCAGCCACAGGCAACAAGAAGACACAUCUGACAGAGCUGCAACGUCUCCUGGAUACUGCUUUUGAUCUGGACGCUUUCAAGGGUUUAUCCUAAGCACUGGCCAUAGCUACUUGGACCCUACCUUCUGUCUGUCUGUAUAUCCAUGUCUGCCACUCACCUCUUCUCUUAACUCCAGACUUGAUCAACUAAAGCGUGGCACCCAGCUUCUCCCCCAAAUCUCUGCUUGUUCCUUAUUGUCCUGCUCAUUCCUUUCCUAUGCUCCUCCUCUCCUUCCUUCACUCCCUCAAGCUGGUCUCUUAGAAAUUGAAGUUAUCAUUUCUUUAUCAAGUAUCUGCUUCACUCACCCCCUCCAAAUGUUCAAUGAUCCUCAAGUUUAUAGCUAUCUCAUCUUUCUGUGAAGGUGACUAGCAGUGUGAAAUAUCACCUUCUGCAGAGGCAGCAGGGGAAAUGGAUAACAGAAAGAGAAAGGGGUACUGCUGUCUUUACAAUUUUAAGGACAAUUUUUGGUCCAUAACCAUACCCAGGAAAAAAAAAAGCCUUCUGUAGUGAUGUCAGAUUUUCCCACUCCCUUGAACUGAUAAAAUUCCACCCCCACAAUGUAAAGGAGGAACUCUGGGUUCCCCCUGUGCUGAAGAUUCUACCCACCAAAAGAAGAGGUCUUUUUACUUCAGAACUAGAAUUAGGAUCACUUAGCUUUUUCUGGAGCUAAACCUAGAAUGGUCAUCCAAAAGGAAAAAAACCUUCUUUUCCCAAGAGUUGGAUUUGGCCAUAUUCUCUGAGUGGUAAGAUGGUACCCAGCCAUAGCAGGGAGAUGGACUCCUGUGUUUGUCAAGCUCAAGAGAGGUUAAAUCCCAGAAUCCAAAGCAGGUGGCCCUGUCAGUGUCUUUCCUCUGAUAUCACUGUCCUGUCUUUAUUUUCCUGUGUGAGAUCACCCCUGGGCUUACUGCAUGUGUUCUGCAUGCCCUAAUCCCUUACGCUUUAGAGGCCAGGGACAGCUCCAGCCUCUAUUGCUUCUGCCCUUCAGCACGGACUGUUCUCCAUAUCACGGAAUUGGCAAAAGUGUCCCUUUCUGGCACCCAAGCCCUUCAUAUUGCUGCCCUUUGUCCCAUAUAUGUACAGCUUAGCUUUAGGGUGAAAUCUGGAGCACAGAGCCACAGGUUAUGUACAUCAUGUGAAUAAUGACUUUUCUAUUGGAGAUGGCCUCGGUUUCCAAGCCUGAAAGUCUCUCCUUCUAGUCCCAGCAGCCCAUGGCAUAUGUGCUGCCCUUAUUGGGGUUGAUGAGCUUAGGCAUGCCCUUUUUGCUUGUUUUCUUACCACCUCUCCUUCCCAAUGCAUCUUUUUUUUCUCCCCCCACCCCUCACCCCCUGUCUUUCUCCUUUGACUUUUUUUUUUUUUAAGAGAGAUAGAGACUUUCUGACUCAUCCUUUCCUGUGCCAAAGCAAAAGGUGGCAGGAGGUGGGAGCUGAGGGGUGAGGGGCAGGGGCAGAAAUUGGUGACUGCCCCUCAUCAUCACUUUGAUUCUUCACAGUGACAGAUAUGAUUUAUUUAUUUUGGUUAAAAAACAAACAGCUUUUCAUUGUAUUUGGCUUCACCAAUAAAAUAAGAAGUUAUCCUUGG